GGCGUGACGUACUGCGGUGAAAGCUCAGCCAGCAACCUCACCAUGGCCAACGUCCCCUGGCACGAGGAGGUGGUGCGCUUUGUCCAGGAGCUGGCCGACCUCAUCCCCGACUAUGAAAUCGCGUGCGAGCACGAGCACUCGAACUGUCUCCUGAUAGCUCACAAGAAGUUCAAGAUCAAUGGCGAGUGGUGCACCUGGAUCAACUACGACCGCUUCCAGGAGCUGGUGGAAGAGCACGAGAGGAGCGGCGGGUCCAAGACUUUCACAGCGGCCGAUUAUGCAGCCAGAACUCCUCGCUGGGCACUGUUUGGGUCCAGAGAAAGGGGAUUCGACCCCUUGGAUGUAAGAUACCAGCGGAAGAACAAAGCAAGAGACAUCUCUGGGUGCUGA